AUGCACAACCUCUACAUUCUCCUCGAUUUGGUUUUAACCAUGAAUUUGGCAAAUACGACCACUGUGGAUGAAAUAGACGAGUUUCUUCUUCGCUGCAAUGUUGUUAAGUUACUCUCCUGUAACAUGCAAUCCGACGGGAAUGGACUGGAAGUCAAUGGACGCAAGGAAGGGAAAUCAACUGGUUGUCAUAACGCCAGAGCGUCUAUGCCACUCAUUGUGAUCAUUUGCAUGGAAGGAGGUGAUUGUGUUGAUGAUAAGGCAGAUGAGGACAAGGAGGAGGAGGAGGAGGGGGAAAUAUUGGCAGUGUUGAUGUUAUUAGCGCACAAGAACUGUCUCCACCAAAACGACGUACCAUAUGGGCACAAAACAACCAUCAUGCUUCGCCUGCCCCUCCGCUUUGCGCGUAGCGGUGCUAGCAGCAAGGCCAUGAUGGACAAAAUGUUGCUGGUGGCAAAUGAUGGAGAAGCUGUUCGCCUGCUUCUGACUUUGUCCUGCGACUUGUGCUCUGGAGGUGCUUGCAAAUGA